GAAAAUCAGAAGUAAUAUGAUGCAUUCAAAAGUAUUCAGUGCAUGCUUUGUGCUUGUAAUGCUCGCUUUCAACAGUUCAGCACAAAAAACUUUACCUUCGACUGAAAACCUUCUGAAUAAUUCAACGUUUGCAUUUGAUGCCUUGCAAAAUAACUCCGAGUUUUCACAUCAUAUUGCAAUAUCAUCAGUGCAAAACAACAAGACCGGCCAGGCAAACACAUUAAUCUUCCAGGAGAAUAGCACCAACUUUUCUAACGAAGAAAAAGGCACUUCUAACAUCAAACCAUGUAGUGAGAGCUGUAAUGUUGAUAAAACCGAAAACACAAGAAAUGAAAUCUUGAUGAAUUCGCGCGUUAAAAGGCAAAGUUACAUCGAUCGCAUAAACCAAUACUCCCAUCUUCGCCUCCCGUCUAUUGAAAUGCUGAAGGAAUAUGCUACCAGCAUCCCCGAAUUCUUCACUCGAUUGCUCGACAGCUUUACUACGUACCCAAUUUUUGGGCCUCCAGCUGCAAAACUUAGACGAAUUCUUCGCACUGAUGCAGCGACGGCGAGAGAGAACAGAAAACUGCAGCCCGAGUUCGAAGAGAAGGAGUAUUGCUUCGGUGAGAUCGGUUGCUUCAAAAUUACUCGCGAUUUCUACGAUCCUGUUUUGCGGCCGUUGAACGUGCCUCCGGAAUCGAGAGAAGAAAUUGGUACAAAAUUCACACUAUUCACCCAAACUCAACCCGAGGGUCAGGCAAUUAACCCUCGGGACUUGUUGGUGUUGAAAAAUUCGAGUUUUAACCCAAAAAAUCCCACCAAAAUAAUCAUCCAUGGUUGGCUGACCGACCCUGCAACCACGUGGGUUGAGGAUUUUUCAAAGGAAAUAAUUGAACGCCACAACUACAACGUCAUUGGCGUACGAUGGGCUAGAGGAUCGUACGUGUUCUACACUUUUGUGUUGCUGAACGCAAUGGUGGUCGCUCUGGAAAUCGUCCACCUCCUAGGAUGGCUCGUACAGAACAAAGGCGUUGAUGUGAAAGACGUGCAUCUCAUUGGACACUCCAUGGGCGCUCAGAUAUCUGGAUACGUUGGCGAGCGUGUGCCAGGGUUGGGCCGGAUCACAGGGCUGGACCCUGCCAAUCCGCACUUCCAAGGCAUGCCGACUUCAGUGCGUUUAGACCCUUCAGACGCGCUUUUUGUUGACGUCAUACACACGGACAGCAACUAUACCGACCCUAGAGACUGGACCAAGUAUGGGACUGGGGAGCUGACAGGUCACGUGGACUUCUUCCCCAACGGUGGAGCCAACCAGCCAAAUUGCGAGUUUCUUACACCUGAAAAGGUGCUGUGCAAUCACGCAGUGGCGAAGAGAUUCUUAAGAGCUUCUGUCACUACGUCGUGUCCGUUCCUUGCCUUCCCGUGCGACUCCUACGAAAAUUACAAAGCGGGCAAAUGUUUCUCAUGCUCCGGUCACCUGGGCUGCGCGCCGAUGGGCCUGAAUGCGGACUUGUGGAAGCCCCGGGGCAAGGAGGGAGUGGCGAUGUUCCUCACCACAUCGUUACGUCCGGACUACUGCCAGUACCACUCUCGUCUGACUCUGCAUCUUCCCGCCAGAGGCGAGUCGCAGAGUUACUCGUACGGACGCAUCAGAGCUACUCUGAUGAGAGGCUCAGUGCGUCUGCAAACUUUCUGGCUGCCAAGAAGAGGCGCCGUGCGUCUGGAGCUCGGCACGUCGCCGACGUUUCUCCUUCGUCACGGUGACGACCACAGCUCCUGUGACGGCGUUGAGCUGAGCUGGCAUGCGCAGCAGGACGUGUUCAGGCCAUGCAAGGGACGAUGUGAGCCUCACUUGCGCCUCUCGCACGUCACCUUCACGCCUCUCGAUAACCGUGAUGUCCUCACGGGCAACAGCACGAGCAUCUCUAUGUGCGCUUCUGGCUCUCAUCAACGCGUCACCAUGGCCAGCGGAAGAACGGCUUAUUUCAUAGCAAAAAUUAAGUGCCAACAGCAGUCCGAGUUCCAUGAGAAGGUUUAUUGCUUCGGUGAGAUCGGCUGCUUCAAAGUUACUCGCGAUUUCUACGAUCCUGUUAUACGUCCAUUAAACGUGCCUCCGGAAUCGAGAGAAGAAAUUGGUACACAAUUCACCCUCUUCACCCAAACUCAACCCAGAGGGUGGACAAGAGGCUCGUUCUUGUUCGUGAGUUUUGUGUUGCUGAACGCAUUGGUGGUGGCUCUGGAAGUCGUCCACCUCCUAGGAUGGCUCGUACAGAACAAAGGCGUUGAUGUGAGAGACGUGCAUCUCAUUGGACACUCCAUGGGAGCUCAUAUUUCCGGAUACGUUGGGGAACGGGUCCCAGGAUUGGGCCGAAUAACAGGGCUGGACCCAUUUCAGCCUCCCUUCCACGGCAUGCCGCCUUCAGUGCGUUUAGAUCCUUCGGACGCUUCUUUUGUAGACGUCAUAUACUCGGACAGUAACUAUACUGACUCUAGCGGUCGGGUCCUGUUUAAGCCUGGAGAGCUGGCUGGUCACGUGAACUUCUUCCCCAACGGUGGAAGCAACCAGCCAGGCUGCGGACUUCUCAGCUCACCUGAAUUGUUUGCUUGCAGUCAUUUGAGGGCAAAGAAAUUCUUCCGUGCUUCAGUUACGUCGUCCUGUCCGUUCCUGGCCUUCCCAUGUGACUCAUACGAAAACUUCAUAGCGGGCAAGUGUUUCUCAUGCUCCGGUCCCCUGGGCUGCGCGCCGAUGGGCCUGAAUGCGGACUUAUGGAAGCCCCGCGGCAAGGAGGGAGUGGCGAUGUUCCUCUCCACAUCGUUACGUCCGGACUUCUGUCAGUACCACUCUCGCCUGACUCUGCACCUUCCCUCCACUGUCGAGUCGCAGAGUUACUUGUACGGACGCAUCAGAGCUACUCUGAUGAGAGGCUCAGUGCGUCUGCAAACUUUUUGGCUGCCAAGAAGAGGUUCCGUGCGUCUGGAGCUCGGCACGUCGCCGACGUUUCUCCUUCGUCACGGCGACGACCACAGCUCCUGUGACGGCGUUGAGCUGAGCUGGCAUGCGCAGCAGGACGUGUUCAGGCCAUGCAAGGGACGAUGUGAGCUUCACUUGCGCCUCUCGCACGUCACCUUCACGCCUCUCGAUAACCGCGGUGUCCUCACGGGAAAGAGGUCAAGCAUCACUAUGUGCGCUCCCAGCCUCCGUCAAAACGCCACCAUUGCCAGCGGAAAAACUGUCAAUUUUACGGCACAAUUUGAAUGUUAAUUAAAUGAUUGAAUUUAGCCUUUUACACAAAAACUUACAUCAUGUUAAAGAGAAAACUUGUCAAUGAAGAUUAUCGAUUCGCUAAAUCUUGUGUGUGAUCUUUGCUCAACAUCAAGUGUAGAGAAUUGCAGACAUGUGCAAAGUCUGCUUUCUUUAAUUUAAUUUAAUU